AUGGCAACUGGAACUGCGACCAUGCUCCGGUUGGACAAUCCCAUUCAGAGCUUAACGAGCGCAUUUUGGCUGUGGAAAGCUCUCUUGUUUAUCGUCAUUACCGCCUGUCCGGGCCCAGGCUAUGAUACCUCCACUACAUUGGUUCCCUAUGAAGGUGCUGAUCUCACCACUUCGCUUCCGUGGCCAUUGAGACUGGUACGGUGGGACUCCAUCUAUUUUCUCCAUAUCGCAGAGCAGGGAUAUGUCUUUGAACAAGAAUGGGCCUUUGGGUACCCAAGGGUGCUUGGGUUCUUUGUUUCUGGACUUCGCAAAUCUGGCGGGCUAGGGGGCCCCGUUCCGAUCGCCUUAAUAGCAGUGGUGUUAUCCCACGUUGCCCAUUAUUUCUCUGUCCUGGCUCUUCAUCGUCUUUCGGCCAAUAUUUUUGGCGAGCAGACGGUCACUCAGAAACUCAUCUGUUUCUUGUCUGCUGCGCUCCAUAUCAUCUGCCCAGCGGGUGCUUUUCUCUCUGCCCCUUAUGGCGAAUCGAUCUUUUCGUUCCUCAACUUUUCAGGGUUCUACCUUUACUCAGGAUCUCUCAUCUCUGAGCGGCAUGGGGUGACAGUCCUGCGUGAUCUGCAGGUUCUCACUGCGGGCGCGUUUUUUGCCAUUGCCACGAUGGUCCGCAGUAACGGCAUCCUGAGCGGAUUCUUGUUCGCAUAUGACGCCGUCCUCCUGAUAUGGGCAUGCUUAACCCAGGGUCUAUCCACCCACAAGAUGCGUCGACUUGUCAUCAUAGGAGUGGGUGGUGGCACUGUGGCACUUGGGAUGCUUGUACCCCAGCUUCUAGCCUACCGGACCUAUUGCCUGACCGACCUAAAUCGAGAAUGGUGUGGCUGGACACUACCUAGUAUAUACACUUGGGUCCAGAACUACUAUUGGAACGUUGGAUUUCUUCGUUACUGGACUGUCUCCAAUAUUCCUCUUUUCCUACUCGCUGCACCGAUCCUAUUUAUCAUGGGCAAAUCAUCUGUAUGGGCUCUUCGAGCGCCCUCUACUUUGCGCUCCCGAUCUGGGAACCAGGCGGCUUCGCCUCUUAGCCCGGGCUCCAUGCUCUUCCGCCUGGCCGUGCCCCAGGGCUUACUGGCGAUCAUGGCUUUAACGAGUUAUCAUGUCCAAAUCGUCAAUCGGAUCUCGUCUGGGUAUCCUGUAUGGUAUUGGUAUCUCGUAUCGAUCGGCAUGGAAUGCCUCCAAAAUCCCCGCAAGAACCACCGCAGUUUAGCGCUUGCCGCUCAAGCCAUGGUGGUCUAUGCUCUGAUUCAGGGGGUUCUAUAUGGCUCUUUCUUACCGCCGGCGUAA